AUGACUCAGGUGCCUGCUGACUACCUGUCAACCACCAGCUCCUACAACUAUGAGCAGCCCUUUCCCCCCGUGGCUCGGACAAGCACUGUCACCAAGGUACCCCCAGCCAAAAAAAUAACCUUCUUCAAGAGUGGAGAUCCUCAGUUUGCGGGAGUCAAGAUGGCCAUCAACCAGCGAAGCUUCAAGAGCUUCAAUGCACUUAUGGAUGACCUCUCUCAUCGGGUCCCACUGCCAUUUGGGGUACGGACCAUCACCACCCCACGAGGAAUACAUUGCAUCAGUGAGCUGGACCAGCUGGAGGAUGGAGGAUGCUACCUUUGCUCCGACAAGAAAUACGUCAAGCCUAUUAGCAUUACUUCUGGGGGACACAGGCCAGGCCCUCCACGAAGUGGUCGUCCCUCCAGUACCUUAAGAAGAGCAGCUCAGGAGGGCAAGCUUGAAGAUUAUUCCACACCUUUCACUCAGCAUGGCCCCAGAAUACCCAAGAAAAUCACUCUAGUUAAGAAUGGAGAAAGUGGUUUUCGGCGCUCAAUUAUCUUGAACCGCAGAAAUGCCAGGAGUUUCAAAACGCUCCUGGAUGAGAUUUCAGAGAUCCUGCAAUUCCCAGUGAAGAAGCUCUACACUGUUGAUGGGAAGAAGAUCGACAGCAUGCAGGCUCUGCUUCACUGCCCCAGCGUGCUGGUGUGUGUCGGCCGGGAGCCAUUUAAACCUGUAUCGAUGGAGAAUUUGAGGAAACACUCGGUGGAGAAGCUGCCCGACCUGGCUCCCCGUUCCAAUGGCAACAACGUCAAUGAAAACAAUGAAAUGAACUUUGGACUGAAAGCCAAAAAAAGUGUUAUCCAUCCACGGUCAUCAUCGAGCAAUAGGUCAAUGAGAUUUUCUUUAUCAUCAGAAAAGUCAUAUCCUAAUGGUCUCGCUGCCUCACCGGAUAAUGGCGCACCUUUCUCAAACAGUUGCUCGCAUCCAAAACCUGGAGACCUGGUCCAUUCCUUGGUCAAUGACGACAUAGAAAAACGGGUGCAUGUGAACAAGGAUGGUAGCCUGUCUGUUGAGAUGAAAGUUCGCUUCCGCUUGCUAAAUGAUGAGACUUUGCAAUGGUCCACCCAGAUCAAAAAGUCCAAUCUGAUGAACCAAAUGCCUUGUGAAGAGUCAGGUGUAGAGGAGGACAGUGGAGUAGACCCCAUACAGAAAAUGAACCCAGAAGCCAGCUCAGAGGCAGAUGAGUCAUUAUAUCCCUGUGAUAUUGAUUCUUACAUGUCAAAACUUGAGGAAUCAGAAUGUGAUGAGGCUCAUUGUCAUAGCUGUGGCAAGAAACACCAGGACUACGACAUUUGGAAAAAUCCCAUGCACACAUCCCAGAGGGAAGAGCCCAGUGUACGAAACACCUGGCACACACGGUCAUCAUGCUCCAGCACAUCUUCCCGGAGGAGAGUAGUCCACAAAAAAAUGGCUUCAGUGGAUAGCCUCCACACCACAUCCAGUGAGGAAUUCUCUGAGCACAUUGUGCAAGAGUCCUCAUCCUACUCAGAGACUAUAGAGAACAGAGUGGCAUAUCGAUCUACUAAAAAGUGUAUGUGUCGAAGUGAUUUGUCUACAGGUGCUUCCAAUGGAGAAGACCAGCAAGAGCACACUCGGACAAGCACGAGCAAUAGUCAGAGACCUUCAUCCCUGGGCUUAAUGUCACAUUCAAGCUGUGAAAACAACCUGGAUACUCAAGACGUCCCUGAAGACCAUGAGGCUAGCAAGACCAAUUCACAAAAUGAAGAUGAAAAUUGUUUUGAAGUUUCCUCUGUGAAGUACUUGAAGGAUGAUGUGGAAGAGGUUGAAAGCAGCAGAGUUGGGAGUGUCAUGUCAAGGUCAUCUCUGCAGUCCAGACAGAGCAAGAAGAAUGUAUGUGAGGAAACAAGUAGCGUGGGUAGGAGCAUGUCCUCCUCCAGCCUUCAGAAGGCAAAUCAAGAAGAUAACACUAAGUGCUCCACUCCUGCCAACAGUGUGCACAGCAAGUCUAGUAACUGUACUGCACCAAGAGCAAAGAGUGAACAGGAUGACCACUCUGACGACAGUGCAGUGGCCUCCAGUGAGUCUUGCUCUAAGAAAGAGGCUGAAGAGGUUGAAGUGGAAAAAGAAGAAAAUGAAAUCAAUGAAGUCAGCUCAGUGUCAGCAAAAACAAAGCCCAGCCAAUCAAUUAGAGAUGAGAGCAGUGAAGGUGAACGAUGCUCUACACAAGGAACCCCCCAUUCCAGAGCUAGUGACAAGAACAGCAGGAGAAGUGACAGUGAUGAAAUUGUUCUGUGCAAUGCCUCUUGCUCUUCCAGAGGAUCCAGAAAGAGCAAACACAGCCAUAUUCAUUUGGAUGCACAGUCUGAAAUGUCUGUGUCUUCACUUGAAUCCACUCUGAAUAAAAAGAAUUCCCUACAUGCAGAUGAUCUGAGAUCAUGCAGCAGGGCAUCUUAUUACUCCAAAAGCUCAUGUGAAAUCAAGAAAAAAUCUAUCGGAGACCCCAUGUCUCAUAACUCAGGAUCUUUUCACUCAAACAUUUCAUCUACUAGUGAAGCAGAGGCAAUUGCAGGUUUUACUGAGGAGAAAAGCUUGAAAAGUAUCGCCAAUGGCUACAGUGAAUCCUCAAAAGGCUCAAAGAAGAGAAGCCAUAGAAAAGAAAAUAGCAAGCCAUCAUCCCUCUGCUCAAGUGUUUCAAGCCCUAAUGGAAAAGCUGGAGAGGGUCAUUCCAAGAUGAAUUCAGAGGCCCCUUCUUCAAGACACGGAAGUAUGAGUGAGAGUGUAUGUUCAAAAGGUGACCUCUCAACUGAGACUGGGAUUAGGAAUGGAAAUCCUGCAAGUGUCUCUUCAAGAGUCUCUUCAAAAGAAGUGGAGGAAGAGUUAGAAGGCACAGACGUGCAGGAGGAAGGGAGUGAUUUAAUGCCAUCUACUCUACCAAAUACAUCUCCAGAAGAAGUUGUGCAAGAAUGGCUGAGUAAAAUCCCUUCAGAAACAUUGCUUAUGAAAUAUGAAAUGGAGGACGAUGCAGAAGAGGAAUGUGUAGGGGCAACCACUGAGGUAUCAUGCUGUACAAAUGCCGAGGAAAUCUCAGAGGAUGAAAAAGAUGGGAAAAAGAAUGUGGAGGAGGCUGAAAAUGAGACAAAGGAUGAAGUGGGAAAAGAGGCAGCAGAAGGCACUGCUAUUAAUGAAGAGGCUGAAGAAUGCGUGAAUCAGGAACAAAUCUCUGAGGUUGUUUCCGAAGCUGCCAAGGCUGACCAGGCAGAAUGCAGCCAGUCAGUUACAUCCAGCCAAAAUAACAACAGAAGAGAUUUGCCAACCUCUGUCCAGACUUCAGUCCAGAUCAUGAAGGCCUUGCUCAGUUCAAAACAUGAAACAAAAUUUGACCGAUCAAACAGUUUGCCUGAAGUGUCCCCCACUAUGGGGAGAAAACUGAGUAACUCUGCCAACAUUUUGAUUACUUGUCUUGCCAGUCUCCAACUCCUUGAUGAAGAGUCAGAAGAUCCAUCAGAUAAAUCAAAACUUUUGAAUAAACCAAGGUAUAUGGAGCUGCUAAAUAUUUUUCAAGCCCUGUGGUUUGGAUGCACAGCUGAAAAAAGUGGUCCAAGUUCAGGUCAAGAGGCAAGUGAGCAGGCAAAGACAGCCUCUGCAUUUAAAGCCCCAAAAUCUGUAGAUAAUGACUUCACUCCUAUGUCCUCCUCUGGGGUUGAUGUUAGCAGUGGUUCUGAUGGCUCAGGAGAAGAGAUUACAGCUGGUGCCAGGAACUGCACUUUAACGGCACAGAAAACCGCUGAAUUCAAAUCAGCUGGACAAGUCGAAAAUGUAGAGACUGGAACUGAACUGACUGAGGCUGAGGAGCAAAGUAAAGAGGAAGAGCAGUCAUCCCGACCUUCAACAGCCUGCUCAAAAUCCAAAGGUGAGGAAAAAGCACAGUCUACUAGAGAGGACUCUCUAAUUCAGGAGGCAGAAGAGAAUAAGGAGGAUCAGUGUAGUAAUUGUGAAAAUGGUCAGGAGGAAGGGAGAGAAAAUGAAAAUGAAGAAAACUGCAAACUAGCUGAAAAUGGAGAACAAGAAGAAGCUGAAGCUGUGAAUGAUGAACUCCCAAAAGAAAAUCUUGAAGAGAAAGCUGAUCAGCUAGCCACUACUGAUGAUACAAAUGUCAAUGAUGUUGAUUGUGGGACAGAACUGAAAGCUGAUUUGGAAGAGCAGCUUGAAAAAGAGUCUCCAAAUGACCCAGAGCCCAAAGUCGAUAUCGCCACCAGUGUGGGCACAUCCCUUGUCCAGCAAAACUCAAGGGAUCCAGAUCCAGUCUGGGUCCUGAGACUGCUCAAGAAAAUCGAGAAAGAGUUCAUGGCUCACUAUGUCAGUGCCAUGAAUGAGCUCAAAGUCAGGUGGAACCUGCAGAACAACCAGCAGAUGGAUGAGAUGAUACUGGAGCUGAAGGAGGAAGUGAGUAAAAGGAUACAAAAAAGUAUAGAGAAGGAGCUGAGGAAGAUCAAAACCAGAGCAGGGAAGAAGACACCAAGACCGCCAGAUGAACCACUCAAGCGCGAGACAACAUUCCAAACUGAGCAGAGGAGACGGCGAUUGCAGACUAUGCAUAAAAAGUCACUCUUCAGUGACAAGAAUGGAACCCAGAGUAGGCUAGGGGACACAUCAGACUUAUCAUUUGAUAUAGAUAUAGAUGAAGAUACAGCAUUUAGUGCAACUUUUGAGGCCAGUAUUAGUAAACAAACAAGUGAGGAGGAAUACUGCCCAUGUAACUCUUGUGCGAGGAAAAAAAUGGCUUCCAAGCCCACAAGAAACCCAGUGGUGGCCACCAAUGCCCCAGUCAUGAAAGCAUUUGAUUUACAGCAAAUCCUGAGGUUGAAGAAAAAUGAUAAUGAGGAAGCCUGUGUCUCAGAAGCAGCCCAGGACAUCAAAACAAUUCCCAGCAGUUCUGUCAAAGAAGCAGCAGCAAACAGCAAUCCAAACGAGGAGAAUGAUGAGGGUGAACUUCAGCCAACUGAAAUGGAAGUGGAGGGCAAUGAAGAAAAGGAGCCAGAAUUAAAUAAAGUGGGCAGCUCAAUGUUGAACGGAGAUGGAGAAGGACCUGAAAUAUCAGAGAGUCAAAACUGUGAGAAGGAGGAUGAGGAGGAGGCAGAGGGAGAAACAAAAGAGAAAGAAGAUGAGGAAGUAAAAGAGGAAGCAAAAGCAGAUGAGGAAGAAACAAAACAAGAGGAGCAGGAAGUGGAAGAAGAGGAAGAAAACCCAAAAGAGGAGGAGGAAGAGCAAGAAGAAGAAACUCAGAAAGAAGAGCAGGAGGCUGAAGAGAAGUCCAAAGCUGAAGAUGAAGCUGACAAUGAAGCUGAAGAAGCAGAGGAGCCAGAGGAUGAGGACAUUGGGGCUGAUGAUGAGGAAGAGACAUCCAAAUGCAGAGGAGAUGCUGAUGGCUCUGGAACUGACAACAGUCCUGAAGGAGAUGGUACAGAAGGAAGUGAGAAAGCUGAGCAGGAUGAAGCUGAGGCAGUGGAAGAUGAAAAUCCAGAGUCAAAAGAUGAGGCAUGUUCAGCUGAGGAGGAAAACAACAGUGAAGGAGCUGACAAAUAUGAUGAGAAUGAUGAGGAACCUACCAGUGAUGACCCUGACAAGGCACAUGAAAAACACAAAGACAAAGGCAACAACAAGAUUUCUGAGAAAGCCUCAAAGGCCAAAUGCAAAAAAAACAGCAAAUGGCUAAAGACUCUGAACAAAGCAGUCGCCUUUUCUUGUUUUUCUUCCAUGAGAAACUUCUCACAGCAAUCCCAGAAGGGGUCUGAAGAUGAAAGUGAAGAGGAAUGCGAAGAUGACAACAACCCCAUGAACAACCACUCCAACGGAGAGGUUCAAAGUAAUGAGAGCAGCAAACCCUCACAGAUGUAUCCUGACAGUGACGAAGAAGAGGACAAAGCAUCUUCAUGCACUGAUCCUUUAGGAGAUGAGGACCAGGCAGAUGCUGAAGGUGCAGAUCCAAAGGAGGCUGAACAUACCGAUGACGUUCAGGAUUCUAAAAAGAAAGAAGACUCUGAUGAGAUUGACCAGGAUGACCUGGACUUCUAG